GAAGCUGCAUGAGAUAUCAUUUCAAACGAGAGUACUUUCAAUAUCGGCAGUUAAGUCUGCUGGGCAGGCAUAUACACAGUGCUCCAGAUAAAUCGCCGUUGUCAGACUUUAGACGACCAAAUAAACGGCGCGCGGAAUUUAUGCCCGCGAUAAAUCCGCAAUAAUUGGAUCGUUGUAAAAAAGUACGCGGCAGUUUCAAGAAAGCGAGAAAAAAAAAAUAUAUAUAUAUAUAUCGUUCUCGGACGAUUGCGAUUUUCGAGUUAAUAUGGGGCGACGAUAUAUUAUGCCGAAUCGCGGAUGAUCGCCGACCCCGCAUGACGCCGCAUUCGAGUGAUUUCAACAAUGCGCGUUCGUUUUUCUUCAUCUCUCUCUCUCUCUCUCUCUCCUUCCCUCCCGCGCGAGUCAUCUCGCACCUCGAUUCGCGAACCGCGCACCAGGCACCCAUUUAUCUUCCCGAUCCCGCGUGCACGCGUGAGUAUACGACCGAAAUGUGGCCGGGAAAGGAAAGCACGUACACCCGAGUGCGUUAACCCGGCCACUGCGGCGAGAGAUGCCACCGUAUACUGCGUCAUCCUGACACACGUCCGCGCGUAACCUGCGAAGUUAAUGCACUCGGCUGUAUCACCUGCUCCACCAGUACAUCAUAGUAAUUACGCGAAUAACGUGGAAUUCAUUCGUUAGUAUGCCCUCGGCGAAAGCCGGGCGAAUCAAACCAGUUUUGCGUUAACGAACGCGCGUAAAAAGCGCGAUGUUCCAUUCGCGAUCAUUAAGAGCGUAAAGGCAUAAAGAAAUCUUAUCUCCGACUCUGGCGUAACUUCUGCAGUCUAUGUGGUUCUUUCUGGCCUUAAGAAAUGUUCCCUACGACGAUUAUUAAGAACGCGUGCCCAUUUAAAGCAGAACCUCCGCGGGAUUAUCUCUAACGACGUAAACAUAAAUUGGGAUGCUAGCGCGUAAUCUUCGCCUUAAAACGUUCACGAUGCGAAAUAUCUAGAACUCGGACAGCGAUAUCAAAGGACUUCCAAGAGUGGGCAUGAAAAUAAUAAAUACCGUUCUGCAUGUAUUCACAAUUGAUGUGUGCCGGAAAUGUAAUGCAUUCCGAUACAUCCGUUCAACGGCACACUGUACGACACAAUGCCCGAACCUGCUAGUGAUGGAAAACGAGAUUGACAUCAAUAUUCGAGACUAUCAUGAGAAUAGAAGACAUUUUCAAGAUGAUGAUUACAACAGCGAGCAAGAAAGACCCAGGGGGAUUGACAAUAUUAAACUCAUUCGUAGGCAAGCUAAUUUGUCAAACCAUGAAGACAAUAACGAAGACGAGCAACAAAAACGCAGGAAGAUUGAAAAAAUUAGUAGGCGACUCUUUCCAAGUGAUAACAACGAUAAACAGGAAAGCGAGAAUAAUAAAAAUUUUUAUUUAGAAGAAAAACGAAAAAAAAUGGAAGAGGCCAAGGAGAGAUAUGACUUCGAUUUUGAGCGAGGAGAACCAGUAAAGAAAUGAAACUUUGAUUUUACCCUCGGAAAGUGAACCAAUUUCUUCUUUCUCGAAUGGACUUAACCAAUAAGAAAAUUAAACAUUUGACUCUAUGAAGAUGAAUAAGGCAUAAUUUUCCAAGAAGAAUGCGCGGAGGAAACAACAAACAAUGUAGAAGAUUGGUACCAAAUUGACGGGUGAAAAAAUCAAAGCAGUGAAAAAAUUAAAUUGUGAUAUCAAUAAGUAAAAUUUACUAACAAUAGUAUAGUUCUUUCAGCAUGAAAGAGACUACGUACAUUUUUAACUAUACUAAAUUUUAUGUACCUAAUACGCGUGCGAGCGCGUAAAUGAUUUUUUUAUUAAUGAUGAAAAUUAUUUAUAAAUUUCUCUUAAAAAGUUUGAACCAGCUUUUUAUACGAAUAGGGAGAAUAGUGAGUCCAAAGUCUUAUGAGCAAAUUAAUAAUCUUUAUGACAUUUGUAAUCUGGAACUUAUAUAAACUGGCUGGGUUCAUUGAUUCAUUUGAAUUGAUUGACUUUUAAAUUUCUAGUCAAAGAGGCAUGAUUUCAAAUGUCUCCAGAUAAAAACCCAAAGUUAAGUUUUUAAU